GCCCUUCAUGGCUAUGGCAGAUCACCGCGCGCGUCUUUGCUCUUUGGAGCAGGCGCGCGGUUUUCGAGUUUCUCGCGGCAUGUUUCCGUUGCGGCGGUUUUUCGUUGAUCCAAAUGGCCGCAAAUGUACAUUUCCCCACCCUGAGCGAAUUGGAAAUUUCUGCCAGUUUUGCUUUGGUGGAUACGUCGCUUGCGUGGUUUUGUGCGCACUGCAGUGUGUUCCCUGUGCGAAUCGUACAUCGACGAACGCACGCGGUGCUUGCAAGCCCGCCAAAACCAGGGUUGUUGGUGCAAGACCCUCACCCUCGCUCUCGCUCGCUUGCUUGCUGGCCGUUAUCGGCCACCCGCCCACACUUGCUGCGCCCGGUGUGCAUCCCUUCCCCCAUUGGUGACCCCGGGGCUCCCUCCAUCGUGGACCCAACACCGCUUUCCUCUCCCCAACACCCUUCCUUUCCCUUCACCCCUUUCCUUUGUGUGGACCCUUUGACAGCGAGUUGAGGCGCUCAUCUGCGCAUUUCCCAACCCCCUUUACUGUUGGCGGCUUGCCGCCCGCCAAGCCCGCCUUUCUUUUUGUCGACAAACUUUUUUUUUCCUUCCUCAGCGGUUGGUCCCCUCCUGUCUUAUACUGGCUCAAGCUGGUCCAUGUACAACGCGCUCUUGUUUGACACGUUACCCACCAGCAAGCGCUUAUUUCCCCCCCCCCCCACACACACACACCAACUUUUGUUCCGUGUGGCCUCGUCAGUAGUGCUGACUCAUAGCCUUGGACCAUGAGCAGCAUCCGCUUUCGGCAAAAAGCGCUUGACCACAACAAGCCGCUGCCGAUUUACCGCGAGGAAGACCACCCAGAUGUGCUGCUGGAGACAGCGGCGCUGAGCCGCGCCGUCCCAGACAUGCCCACUGGCAUGGAGAAGGAGGAAGAGGAGGAGAUUCAUGUGAAACAAAUCAUCGACCAGAAGAACCGCAAAGGUGCGCUGGCCCAGCUCAACCUCGAAAUCCCAAUCCCCGAAAUCACCCACGGCGUCCCCUUGUUCAAGCAACUGCACAAACCAGACUACAAGCUCCCAUCAACAUACAUCAAACCGAGCCUGCUGGCAACUCUUGAGGAACAACCUCCCGACUAUGACAUGGACGAGGAAGACAAAGAGUGGCUGAACGAGUUUAACAAGAACAGAACGGAGCCAAUGGCAGAAUUGGAGUUUGAGAAGAAGAUGGAUGCCAUCGAGAAACACUACCCCAUGACCAUGGAUCGAAUAUGUGACGUUGUUGGUCUGGACAAGGACACACUCCACCCCAUUUACCAACACUACGUUCGCCGCCUGGGCCAAGUGAAAGCGGAGACGUUGAUGCCGCGGAUCAAGACUUCUGCGCCAGACGCCUCAUCAAAGGGCGAUCCGUACAUAGCCUUCCGUCGCCGUGUCGAGCGCAUGCAGACCAGAAAGAACCGCCAACAAAACGAGGCCCACUUCAUGAACAUGCUGAAGCUGCGCAGAGACCUUGGCGCCGCAAGGGAGAUGUUGCGGCUGAUGAUGGAGCGUGAGGACGCAAAGGCGCGCGCUGUCGACUCGGAGAUCCGCGUCUUGCGCUGCAGGUAUGCGGCGCAGGACUACUCUGGGCAGCUGCUGCGGGAGUGCAUGCCGUGGCUGCAGCCGCCGCCGACCCCGCAACAGCCCAAGCAGGCCGCCCUACCCACGUCGGAAAAAAGUGCGUUGAUGGGUGCACACGAGCAGGCCAUUAGGGCACAGAAAAAGAAGAAGAAAAAGAAGAAGGGUGCUGCUGCCGCCGCUGACACGCUCGCUGCAGACCAACAACAAGCACAGAAACCCGGCAAGCCCAUGGCGCCGCCCAAGGUCUCGCUCAAGAUCAAGCUCGGCGCCAUCAACCAGCUCGACGCCAAGCGCCUCAAGAAAAGACGCCCAAAGGAGGAAGAGGACGAGCUUGUGUAUGUGGACACGUCGGCGGUGACAGAGCCCGAGUACGCACGCGAUGACCCCUACCGCUUCCGCCGCCGCACCAACGUCUACUACCACGCUCCGCUGUCUCGACAGUCAAUGUGCUUCAACCGCAAGGGCCGCUUCAGCCACUAUGACGCACUGCCUGGCCAUGUCACCCCACCGUCCCUCUCUCGUCGUGUUCCACUCCUUCGCGGCUUUUGCCGCCGUCGCAUCGGUCGCGGUGGCAGGGUCAUCUUUGACCGCACACACCCGACCUACGACGCGCUGAACGAGCUUGCUGAGCCGGAGCCGGAGCACGUUGAGGACGAGCACGACCUCAGCAUCCCCCGCCAGCUGCUGUUUGUGCGGCACUUCCCCUCCCGUCCGGCUGUCCCGCCGCCAGCACCAACCACGACCACGGCCAUGGACACGCGGCAGGACGGCGCCAGUGACGCAACCGCGCUGCUGCACCACCCGGCACCGCAGCUCCCCGCAGCAGCAGCAGCAGCAGGUGGCGCCCCUCAGCACCACCAGCAGUCGCCGGUUGCUGUGCCAUCCAUGGCAGCACCCAUGCCGAGUAAUCCAGCAACGGCUGCAGCGACGAGCAACGGCCAACAGCAGCAGCAGACGGCGGCAGACGACCCCGUGCAACAGUAUCCAACGUCGGGCACGGUGUUUGCAGAGGUUGGCUCGAGCCACUUUUUUGGCAACGACCUGCAGCACAAGCGCCCACACCCGCCAUCCCCGUGAUGUCCGCGUGCAUAUCUGCCAGUGCUGUUCCCCUGUCAUGCCUUUUUUUUUUUCCCUUGUUCCGGUCGCGGUCUUGUUGGUUUAACACCACGCGGGCCUCUUGUUUCUUUCCCCUCAUCCCCUCUUUGUUUGCCCCUCUUCGUCCGUUCUUUUCCCUUUCUUCCUUCUCUACCCCCGCCGCCUUUGUAUAUGACAUCCAUUUCUGUUGCUACCUCCUUUCGCGCAGCUGCGUACUUGUUAUGCAAUGUGAAUGCUCACCCGCACACAAGUGCGUGCGUGCGUGAGUGUGCACAUGUGCUUGCUUUUGUGUGUCACCAUAUCUCGCACAUGUGCACACGCGCGUGCGUGUGAGCGCCUGUACAUUUUGGUUUCCUUGUCAAUGCUAUGCUUUCUUGUCUGCUUGUACACCCACCACUUUUUUUUUUUGUUCGAUUGGGUGGCACACAGCCAGCCAUCAUGGUAUUUGCGCAAGUUAACCACUGCCAUCCAGCUGCCUGCUUGUUCCCCGCCCCCGCUCUGCAUACACACACACUAGUUGCCCAGUUUGUGAGUUCUCUUUGGAUUGCUUGUGGAGAGUACCAGCAGCGAUGUGCGCUGCUGUGGAUUGUGUACUUCUUCCUGCCACCAUCCUGAGCAUCACUCCCCCCCCCCCUUUCUGUCUCUCUCUCUCUCUCUCUCUCUCUC